AUUCACACACAGUGCGCCACCCUCACCACCACCGUCACCAACAAAAGCCAAUCGGAAGCUAGACCGGCGACGAGGAGCCGGCGAUGGAUUCUGACUACGGCGUGCCGCGCGAGCUCUCGGAGGUUCAGAAGAAGCGCGCGCUCUACCAGCCCGAGGUCCCCCCAUGCCUCCAGGGCACUACUGUGAGGGUAGAGUACGGUGAUGCUGCAAUUGCUGCUGAUCCAGCAGGCGCUCAUGUGAUCAGCCAAGCGUUCCCUCACACCUAUGGGCAGCCCCUUGCACAUUUUCUCAGGAAGACGGCUGUUGUCCCUGAUGCUAAGGUCAUAUCUGAGCACCCUGCAGUCAGGGUUGGCAUUGUCUUCUGUGGAAGGCAGUCCCCUGGAGGCCACAAUGUCGUUUGGGGACUCUAUGAGGCCAUCAAGGCUCACAACCAAAGCAGCAAACUCAUUGGUUUUCUCGGUGGUUCUGAUGGUCUUCUAGCACAGAAAACCUUGGAGAUAACCGAUGAUGUUCUUUCUUCAUACAAAAACCAAGGUGGUUAUGACAUGCUUGGUCGGACAAAGGAUCAGAUUAGAACAAAAGAGCAGGUUAACGGUGCGAUGGCUAGUUGCCAAGCUUUGAAGUUAGAUGCUCUGGUAAUCAUUGGAGGUGUCACAUCCAAUACUGAUGCUGCUCAGCUUGCUGAAACUUUUGCCAAGGCAAAGUGCGCAACAAAGGUUGUUGGUGUCCCUGUAACUUUGAAUGGGGACCUUAAGAACCAGUUUGUUGAGACUACAGUUGGCUUCGACACUAUAUGCAAGGUGAACUCUCAACUUAUCAGCAAUGUCUGCACUGAUGCUUUGUCGGCUGAGAAGUAUUACUACUUUAUUCGCCUGAUGGGACGGAAGGCUUCUCAUGUGGCACUGGAGUGUACUCUUCAAUCACAUCCUAACAUGGUUUGCACUUGCUUUCAGCCCAUACUUGCUUGUUGGCCUAUGUCACACAAUCUGCUUAUGCUCUUUCGAACUUGUACCUAUGCUCAGGUUAUUCUAGGAGAGGAGGUAGCUGCAUCCAAACUUACAAUUUUCGAUAUUACGAAGCAGAUAUGUGAUGCAGUUCAGGCGAGGGCAGACAAAGACAAGAAUCAUGGGGUGAUUCUUAUUCCCGAGGGCCUUGUGGAGAGUAUUCCUGAACUAUAUGCUUUGCUUCAGGAAAUUCAUGGCCUUCACGGUAGAGGUGUUUCCGCUGAGAACAUCUCUUCUCAGCUUUCACCUUGGGCAUCUGCACUAUUUGAGUUUUUGCCCCCAUUUAUUAGGAAGCAGCUACUUCUCCAUCCUGAAUCUGAUGACUCAGCUCAACUUUCUCAGAUUGAGACUGAAAAGCUUCUAGCCCAAUUAGUAGAGACUGAGAUGAACAGACGCUUGAAGGAAGGCACUUACAAAGGAAAGAAGUUUAAUGCAAUCUGUCACUUUUUUGGCUACCAAGCUAGGGGUGCACUGCCUUCAAAAUUCGACUGCGAUUAUGCCUAUGUUUUGGGGCAUGUGUGCUACCACAUCAUUGCCGCUGGUUUGAACGGUUACAUGGCUACCGUGACAAAUCUGAAGAGUCCAGUGAACAAGUGGCGAUGUGGUGCGGCCCCUAUUUCGUCUAUGAUGACUGUGAAGCGAUGGUCACGUGGCCCUUCUGCCACUCAGAUUGGCAAGCCUGCUGUUCACAUGGCUAGUGUUGACUUGAAAGGAAAAGCAUACGAGUUGUUGAGACAGAGCUCUUCCAGCUUUUUGUUGGAAGACAUCUACAGAAACCCAGGCCCACUCCAAUUUGAAGGACCAGGUGCCGAUUCAAAGCCUAUUUCGUUGUGUGUUGAGGACCAAGACUACAUGGGUCGGAUCAAGAAAUUGCAGGAAUACUUAGAGAAGGUGAAAAGCAUUGUGAAGCCUGGAUGCUCUCAGGAUGUUCUUAAAGCGGCUCUCAGCGCCAUGGCUUCUGUGACGGAGACACUGAACAUCAUGACUUCGUCGUCCCCUGGCCAGACACAACUGAGUUAAACAAAACCAUUUUAUGGUGUGGGAUUCACAUUUUCCAUGGUGACUGUUGGGGUUAGAAACAGUAGCCCUGCUAUCCCACGAGUUAUUUUUUUCGUAGUUUUGGGGGAGUUCUAUCAGUUUUGACUUAAGUAGUUCAUGAGGGUUUGUUGUCGAUGAAUUUGCACUGGAAUAAUUUUUCAAACAGCCUGAUUGUGUUUUGUGGCCACUUAAUAAACCAAAGUUUGUGGCAACAUAAAUAUUUCUGUGGUGUAAUAAGUUGAGAAAUGGUAGAAAUUCGAGAGCGCCCCCUCGAUCAAUGAUGGUUAA